AUGGGCAGGGGAGGCGGGAUAGGUAGCAGGGAGGGAGGCAGCAGAGACGGGGAGGGGCUGGACGAUGCAACGGGGGGCGGAGGCAGGGCGUGCACGGGAGGUGACGGGGGAGGGGCGGAUGCACGGGGAGGGCGCAGCGGGGCGGCGUUAGGAGGGGCCGGUUCGGUCGGUGAGCGGCGUGCGUACGAUCGUGCGGCGGCGGAGGCGGUUGGAGCAGAGGCGGUCGGAAUGCGCGGCCGCACCGGCGUCCACGAUUCAGUAGGUGGCAGUACGGAGGCACACCCGCGAGCAGAAGGCGCGGCGACGGCGGGCGCGGGAGGGCGAUGGUGCAGCAGCCCCGUGGCGAUGGAGUGGGCGCAGCCAACGUGGGAACGUGGCCAGUCGAGUGGAGGGAGGGGCGAGGCACAUGGGGGCGGUGCGGAUGGGGGCGAGGCAGGAUGGCGCGGUGCGGAGGGCGGUGAGGCAGAGGGGGGCGGGUGCGAGGCGCCUCCGGCGGAGGGGGGUGCGGCUUCGGAGGGCACUCACGGGGUGGGUGCAUGCGGCGAGGGAGAGGGUUUAGGUCGCCCGAACGCCAUACCCCCGUUCUCCCACCGUCCUUCCGCCGUCCAUCCCGGUCCUCCGCCUGCCCCCUGCCCUCCGCCUUACCACCUGUGUCAGUGCGUUGCUUGA